GUUAACUCCUAUGAGUUACGAUAUAUCCUAAUAGUUCAUCGAAUUUAGAAAGUAAAUUAUGAACAAAACCUUAACAACUCCAACAAUCAACAACAGCAAAAUAUAAACUAUUUCAACACCAUCAAAGAAAUAAGAAUUUUCAGUUGACAUCUUAAAAUAAUCAAUUGGCAAAAACGUCAAACGUCUUAAAGUGAAAUCUGCUAUUUCAAGUAUGCAAAUCAUAUAUUCCUCUCAGAUAUUCCUUUGAGUCCACAGAAAUAAAAACCUUAAUCCCCUCUUAAAAAAUAACCUUUCAAAAGUCCUUAAAGAUUGAAAUAAAAUGAACCAAUUAGGAGUCCAAAUAAAUAAAUAUACAGCAGCACUUCCAAAAGUUAAUAAUCCUAAUUGAACUCUUUUCAAUUUCCAUAAUCCUAUAGAAAAUCAGACUAUAUUGAUUAACAAAGCUAAAUCAAAUUAUAUUCAUCUAAAUAUCAAAAAAUAAUGAAUGAAGAACAAGGACUUUAUUAUAGCUAAUUAUAAACUAAACUUGAUCAAUUAUCAUAGAUAAUAGGUAAUCAAGAUGAUCGUCAACGCAACCUACUUGAAAUUGAUAAUAUGAUCAAUCAAUCUAAACAGAUUAAUGCUAAAUCUAGGGUACAAAAACAUCUUGAUAGUUUGUAAUUUGAAAGUAAGGCUUUGUAAAGUGAUCUAAACACUAUUAAAACAAAAAUAUCGAGAUUUUCUGAUUUUACUGAUAAUUGA